AUGAUGCGGGCCCAAGAGGAGCCCUUCCCGGGGCACGGGAUGAAGCCCAGCCCCCCGCCUCAGGGGGGCGUCUACUCUCAGCCCGCCGAGGGACCCGAGGUGCCUGCGGACAAGGAGGUGACGGGGUCCCCGAGCCGGGCCAUGCCCGAGCCCCCCGAGGGCGGCUGGGGCUGGGUGGUGAUGCUGGCGGCCAUGUGGUGCAACGGGUCGGUGUUCGGCAUCCAGAACGCGUGCGGGGUGCUCUUCGUGUCCAUGCUGGAGACCUUCGACUCCAAAGACGACAAGGCGAUGGUGUUCAAGACAGCUUGGGUGAGUUCUUUGUCCAUGGGGAUGAUCUUUUUCUGCUGUCCUAUAGUGAGUGUAUUCACAGAUAUAUUUGGAUGUCGCCAAACAGCUGUUGCUGGGGCUGCUGUAGGGCUCAUUGGACUUAUGUUUAGUUCUUUUGUAAGCUCCAUCGAGCCUCUGUAUCUCACAUAUGGAAUUAUAUUUGCCUGUGGCUGCUCCUUUGCAUACCAGCCAUCGUUGGUCAUUUUGGGACAUUAUUUCAAGAAACGCCUGGGACUAGUGAAUGGCAUCGUCACUGCUGGCAGCAGCGUCUUCACAAUAUUACUCCCUUUACUUUUAAGGGUACUGAUUGAUAAAUUGGGACUGUUUGAUACACUCAGAGUCCUAUGUAUCUUCAUGUUUGUCCUGUUUCUGGCUGGCUUUACCUACAAACCCUAUCAUCCUGGUGCCAAAUAUAAAGACAAUGGGAAGAAAGGAGAGAAAAAAAUCUUUCUCUUUUCUAGGAGGAAGUUUAGUCUUUCCAGAAAAGUUUUUAAUUUCUCCAUCUUCAAGGUCACAGGUUAUUCAGUCUGGGCUUUUGGAAUCCCACUUGCACUUUUCGGAUAUUUUGUGCCUUACGUUCACUUGAUGAACCAUAUAAAAGAAAGAUUUGCAGAAGAAUCAAAUAAAGAAGUAGUCCUAAUGUGCAUUGGGAUCACUUCAGGAGUCGGACGACUGCUCUUUGGCAGAAUUGCAGACUUUGUGCCUGGUGUUAAAAAAGUUUACUUACAGGUAAUCUCCUUUUUAUUCAUUGGCCUGAUGUCUAUGAUGAUUCCACUAUGUAGUGUCUUUGGAGCACUCAUCGCUGUCUGCCUUCUCAUGGGUCUCUUUGAUGGAUGCUUCAUUUCCAUCAUGGCUCCUAUUGCCUUUGAGUUAGUUGGUGCCCAGGAUGUCUCCCAAGCCAUAGGAUUUCUGCUUGGAUUCAUGUCUAUACCUAUGACUGUGGGUCCACCCAUUGCAGGUUUGCUCCGGGACAACCUCGGCUCAUAUGAUGUGGCCUUCUACCUGGCCGGGGUCCCACCUCUCCUGGGAGGAGCUGUGCUUUGUUCAGUCCCAUGGAUCCAUGAGAAAUGGAAACAAAAAGAAAUGAGCAUCAUCGGAGGGGAGAAGCUGGAGAAAAUGUUGGAAAAUCAGACCACUCUGCUCCCGAGCUCAACUGGAAUCAUUAAGAAAGACUCCGAUCCUGUUUUUUAAUGCUCCAGGCUUCUGCCAGACUGGACUUGCUUUCCAAAGUUACAGCAAGUUGUCUUUUUUAUGAAUUGGAAGUUGUUUUCUUUUUUUAAUAGCAUUAUAGAAAUAGCAUCAGAAUGGUAAAACAAUAUCAUUACCAGGCAAGAACCCUUUCUUAUCAUUCAAGAGCUUUCCAACAUUUCUGAGACCAAGGGCAGGGACUUUGGGACUAGAAAAAAAUGACUUGAAAUCAAAUCACACUUGUGUAUGAGAGAAACAUUUAGGCAUCUCACAGGAAAAUCAAAAUCUGGAAACUGUGAAAGCUAUUUAGCAUGUGUAAAGAUUAUAAAAUACCUCAAGCCACACUGGAAGGGUUGCAGUCUGAUUAGGACUGGAAAUCUUGCUUGGUCUCUAUACUAUUGUACUGAUCAGUUCUGGUAUCUCUGUUUGAACUUCUCUUGCUAUGUUAAAUAAUAAAAAAAAGCAUAGAUCUUA